UAGAAAACACAUCGAAAUACCAUUCGUUCAUAAUUAGGCAAUGAGCGAAUUAAAGUGAUUAUCUCUGGUUGGGAAACGUUGUCGCGAGCACUCUGAUUGUUGCUAAUUAUUAAAUAAUACCAACUUGGUGCAGAUAACGGUUCAUUCAUAAAUUGAAAUCAUACACUAGCUUUACGCUAUUGAAUUUGCUGAUUGUGUGUCCUUUCCGAAAUAAAAACAACCGCAUCGGCAUUGUCGGUAGUAUUGUCGGCGUUCACACACAGCAAUGAUCAAGAAAGAAUACGCUCUACUCUACUCAACGUCGAGCUUCCUGAACCCGGUGGAGUAAGAAGCCCUGCAAAAAAAAAUCAAGAGUGAGGUUCCCGCUUAUCAUUCGACAUAUCAGUCGGUACGGUGAAAAUUUCAUUUGUUCUUUAUUCAGGACUGAACGUAGAACACAAAUCCUCCCGGAUCAUCUUCAGUUGUGUUUCAUCGUCCUGAGUGCAAGUUCCUCUAGUAGCGAGUGAAAUGCUUGAGAUUCUUUAGUGUUGUUUUGUAUAAAAAUAUAUGCAGACGGAUUAGGUGUGUCCAAUUUUGUUUAGAGUGCGAAGAUUUUCAAUCCAUUCCAAAAUGCUGAAACAACUAACCGACAAUCCACAUGGUCAGUUCUCUACCGAAGACUACACGGUUUUUGUACUGAUGCUAAGCGUCUCGGCCGCCAUUGGAAUCUACUUCGGGUUCUUCGAGGGGAAGAAGAACCAAACUACAGAUGAUUACCUGUUGGGCGGUCGCAAGAUGAAAAUUUUCCCCAUCGCCGUUUCGCUUAUUGCAAGUCAACUUUCUGGAGUUUCGAUCAUGUCCGUUCCAGCUGAAAUGUACUCGUAUGGAGCGCAGUAUUGGAUCAUCGCACCGACCAUGAUCGUGAUUGUAUUGAUUAUCAACUACAUCUUUGUUCCAGUUUUUUAUAAUAACCAAAUAACUAACUGCUACCAGUAUCUGGAGGAUAGAUUCGAUCCGAUCGUGAAAAAAUUCGUGACGAUCACGUACGUACUCAACGUCUACCUUAUCCUGCCAAUUUUCAUCUUUAUACCGUCGUUGGCGUUCGCACAAGUCACCGGCAUAAACAUCCACCUAAUUAAUGGGAUCGUGUGCUGCGUGUGCGUCUUCUACACGAUGCUCGGUGGCAUCAAGGCGGUGGUGUGGACCGAUGUAGUUCAAGGGGUUAUCAUGUUUGCCUCCUGCUUUUUGGUGGUCGCAAUUGGCGUGUGUAAAAUCGGCGGCUUUGUAGAGGUCUUCCAGAGAGCAGCUACCGGAAAUCGGCUGGAAAUAUUCAAUAUGACAGUCGAUGUCACGGCCCGUCAAACGUUCUGGACGGCUAGCGUUGGUAAUAUUUUCCUCUGGACGGGAUAUUUGGGUUUGAACCAGAGUUGCGUUCAACGGAUGGUGGCCGUUCCUAGCAUAAAGCACGCUCGAGCUGCACUCUGGAUUUUUUGCGUUGGGUUCAUUGUUAUCACUAGUUUGAAUUGUUUCACGGGAAUCGUAAUUUUCGCUAAAUACUUCGAUUGUGAUCCCAUCAAAUUGAAUUUGGUCGAAAAGGCUGACAAUUUACUGCCAUUCUUUGUACAAGAUGUGAUUGGAAAUUUCAAAGGAAUGCCAGGAGUUUUUAUUUCGUGUGUAUUUAGCGCUGGAUUAAGCACCAUGUCUGCCAAUCUGAACUCCUUGGCUGGAAUCGUCUACGAAGAUUACAUCCGGCCGUUCAAGUUAUUCAAACACUCAGAUGCCUCAGCCAAGCUCGCCAUGAAGGCGCUGAUCUUCUUUUCCGGACUAUACUGCAUUGUAAUGGGACUGGUGGUGGAACAGUUCGGUCACAUUCUUCAAAUGGUAGUUACGAUAGCUAGCGUUACGCAGGGUGCCGUGAUGGGAAUAUUCUGCCUCGGGAUGCUAUGGCCCUGGGCUAACAAACAUGGAGCUCUCUGGGGCUCAGCUGCGAGCGUGAUUUGCGUAUCGUGGCUUAUUGCAGGGGCACAAUUUGCCAUUAAAAAUGGCACGCUUAGUUAUCCUCCGCAGCCAACAAGCGUUAAGGGCUGCUCGGACUACGGAUUCAAUGUAACUCGGUUGGAACUUUAUGACGCACCCGAAAGUACAAGUUCUGAGUUCUCCAUUUUUAACAUCUCAUUCGUGUGGUACUCAACAGUGGGUACAUUUCUUGUUUUUCUCAUUGGAAUACCAGUUAGUUAUUUGACUGGUUCACAAGACCUGGAGAAAAUGCAGUCAAAAUUAAUUUCUCCGGUUGUCCACUGGAUGUUACCGAGCGAUACAACAAAGAACGAUCUGACAUUGAAAGCCAGUGAUGACUAUCGAAAAUCUGACGAAUCUUUGGCCAAGAGAUGGAACAUGACGUUAGCAGCAAAUCAUGAACGAGAAAAACUAAACGGGAAUAAUGAACAUGCCGUAUGAAAAUUACAGAUUUUGUUGUAGAAUUUUUAGUUGAAUAAUUUAUGUACUUUAGAGUAAACCCGCCGUAUUUUUUUUUGAGAAACUUUGUUGUGAUGCCAUAAAGAAAUUUUCAAAAACUCUUCACGUAGUGAGUUGUCCUAAAUAUUAAAAAUAUAAGAUUAUAAAUAAUUA